UCAAUUCACACUCUCAUUUUUGUUUGUAAUUUCAUAUUUUUUAGCCGCUGUGAGCAUCCUUUUAUUCCUUGUAUUCCUGGACUGAUUUAAGUAAAAUGGCCCAAACUAUCAAGGGCUGGCCUCCAAAUAUCAACUUCACAGAAACCUGCAAACUAUUACGAGGAUGCCCAGGUCAGGAGUGUGAUAACCUGAGUGACGUAUACCCGGUAAACUCCCUGCCUCAGGAUAUUGAGAGAGAGUUUAGAAACAAGUGCAAGUGGGCUAACUGCAGGAGACGGUUUGACAAGCCGGAGUUGCUGCUAAGUCACGUGGAGAGAUGUCACGUGUGGAGUCAGGACAACUGUCCCCAGAAGGUGAAGUGCUUGUGGAAGGGGUGCGAGGAGGACAACUUCUCACACCGGCACACUAUCAUGGUACACGUCCGGGAUCACUGUGAGCAACAACUCAGAGUUCGGGUCAUCAAGUGAAACAGACAGAAUUAUUUAUCAGUUAAUCUUGCCAGUAGUUUGACUGGUAAAUUAGUCUAGUCAUUCUCUCAUAGAUAGUCCUAGACUAUGUGAUGUAAGGCCUGGUGAGUGAUUCAAACUGAACGACACACUUUGAGUUAGAUUUACUUUUAGCUGUAAUGAAAUGAGAUACAUCGUUAAACAUUUUUAUAAAAUGCAAAAUCAUGUUAGUGCAUAGGAGCAUAUUAUUUAAGUUGCUUCACUUUAAUUUGAGUAAACAAAUGAAUUAUUAUUCUUGUGACGUCUGCUUACAUGAAUAAUUUCAAUCGAACUUUCAGUUUCUGCAAUGCAGAGGAUACAAGAGAUAAUAAGUUCAUGUGUUCAAGUAUAAUUUAUUUUAUAAAAAACCAAACAAAUUAUUUAGUAAUUUUACUUUUGGACGAACCCCAGAAAUUUCUUAUCCGACGAAUUGAAUGUGCCAAUUGUUAGCUCUGAACUCAACAAUUAACUUGAAGUUAUAUUUCAUUCCUUUGAUUA